CCCCUCCUGUUCCAAAUCCGCUGAACAUCUCACGAGAAAAACAGAGAACUCGCCGGCAAAAGGACAGAGGUUCCUCCUCCUCUCCUCCCCUCUCGCUCUCGGCUCCUUCCCUCCCUCCCAUGGACUCGGCGAACGGCGACAACAUGGCGGCCGGCAUCAUGCGGCUGCUCAUGCUGAUGGCGAGGGGGCCCUCGGCCGCCGACGCAAUGCCCGUGGCGGGCGGCGGCCGGGUGGAGGUGCGCCACUUCAUCUUCAGCGGCGACGGCGGCGACCUCUUCUCCGGCGAGGUCGGCGGCAGCGUCCCGCCGGCGUCCAAGGCGGCGAUCGCCUCGCUGAAGGAGGUCCAGGCCGCCGGGGAGGGCGAGGGCGAGGGCUCGCUGGGCGACUGCGCGAUUUGCCUCGACGCGUUCGGGGCCGGCAAGGAGAUGCCGUGCGGGCACCGCUUCCACGGGGAGUGCCUGGAGCGGUGGCUGGGCGUGCACGGGAGCUGCCCCGUCUGCCGCCACGAGCUCCCCAAGGCGGAGCCGGCGGCCGAGGAGCAGCCGAACGGCGACGGCGAGAGGCGCGGGCCCAGGGGCGCGGUGCUGGUCAGCAUCGUGACGCUGCGAGGAGCGGAGAGGCCGCAGCAGGAGGAGGAGCAGAGGGAGGAGCCGGUCAACAUCAGGAUCGAGGACGUGGAUUAGGAGUAGGGUUAGGCUUCCAAUUGGUUCCGAUUGGUUCGGUUCAUGGCGGCGGCUGUUUGCUUUUUCUUCUUCAUCAUCUUCGUUGUACAUACACCAACUACUAGUAGUUGCUGAAGAGGAGAGGAGGAGGAAUUGGGGGUCAAAUUCUGUACAUAAUUCAGAUGCGGGAGAUGCUGUGAUUUCAAACUGUUUUUUUCCUUCCUUCAGACAGAGCACUGUGUUUGUAAUUCUGCUCCGCAGCCAAAUUGCCUGCUUCCAAAUUCCAAAUUCGCAAUGAUCUUGUCAAA